AAUGCGUGCCGCAGAUGUGGUGUCUCCAGAUAUAAAGAGGCCGACUGUUUAGACGGCUCUGGCAAGUUCAUUGCUUGCAAUCGAGCUGACCUUAUGAUCAAGCCCGGAUCUGCAUCUUGGGUGCGUAUCACCGGGCCGAAAAAAGAGCUGCACGGGACUCUAGACCGGUGGGCACGCACGUGGUUGUGA